AGGUUCGAUGUAACGCGAACCCUUGCAACUUCAGAUUUCCCCCCAAAACCAACCUCCAAUUCUGGCCAGAGUGGUUACUUGAUAAACAAUGUCUCACCCCUUGGGUCCAGCAGACGGGAUUGCGCAUGUAUAUAUCGUGGUUGCUUGCCUAUCGCUGUUAUCAAGGUUAUCGUGUUCUGAUAGCCCUCUUGUCUACCCACAUUCGUUUGUGUCUAUCACCGUCGACCAUCUAAUCACUACACUCUCCUUUCGUUAUUCUCAUCACACUUGAACAUGACUUCGACAAUGACUUCAAACUGCACAUUCGUUCCACAUCCAUCAUCUCCACUCGCUAGAACAGCAUCCCCUUUCAAGCAUCCACGAACCCCACCUUGUACACCACGAAAUACCGCCAAACUCUGGGAUGAGUACGAGAAACGCGCCGUCGAGAACGCGAGGAGACGAGAAACCACAUUCUCAAACACUCUGCUACGGGCUCCAGAAUCGCAACUCUUGUCAAGUGGAACUGUCCUCGACAUUAUUAGAAGUUCUGAUCCUCAUCCUUCACCUAGAAUACCAGCUCCAUCUCCCAACCCAUCAGCAACUGCGAGUCCGCAGUUCGACUUUGGCUUUCAAAUGGCUCCUCAGCAGACAAGACAUUCAGACCCAACAUCAUCUACCACUGUCGCUAUUUGCAAAAUCUGUAAAAAAUCUAUCCUGCCGACCUCAGGCAUCUGCGAGAGAUGCAAAAAGACUAUAAUACUUCCGUCUCAAUCCGGCGAAUCAACUCCCCCUCUCAGCCCUUCUCGCCGCAACUUUGGUUCAACGAACCUCUCAAAACUCCACAAGGAGUCUACUUCAGGAAACACGACUCCGAAGUUCUCGUCUCCUAAGUGCAGAUCAGCUCACCCGUCAUUAAGCCAUCUCAGCGAACUCCCUAUUCGGCUCUCAUCACUCCUUCCACCGCCGACAACAGCAACAACAACAGCAACAAUGACUACCGACACCACCAUCAGCGCUCUCCGGCCCCAGCGCGAGUGCAAACCCUCCAUGGCUGAUCCGCACGAGCCUUUCCUCCGUCUCCAAAUCGCCCGCAAACCCAUCCCAGGUCCUCCCGCAACCGUAAUCCCCAUCCCUCCUUCAGGCAUGCUACCCUCAUCCCCAACCACCCCACCCUCAAGCUCCCACUCCAAAUCUUCUCAUUCGCAUCCCCAAACCCGUCCCCCUUCCCUCGCAAACAUCACAACACCACCUCAAUAUGCAACCUACAGCUACAGCUACAGCCGCCAUGCCAGCGCCACUCCCUCCGAACUUAGCACACUGUACCCCUACAUCUCCAACUCUAACUCAGCCUCCACAACUAUAACUACGCCGAGUGUAUGUCGCGCGAGCUACACACUACAGAACACGAUGAGCGCGUGGGAUUGGGACAGUGAUGAUGAUGAGGAGGAGAAGGCGGGAUUGGUAGGGUAUUGGCGGGCUAAGAAGUGGAGGGGGAGUCGAGGGAGUUUGGCAGAUAGGAGUGGUAGUGGUGGUGGUGGCCUGAGGGAGAGGGAGAGGAGUGAUAGCUCUGCGAAGGAAGAUGGAAAGGCGGAGGGGAAGAAGAAGAAGAGGGGCUUUGUGAGGGUUAUUAGUUGUGGGUGCGGGGAUCGGGAGUAAUUAGUAUCCCAAGUUCAAGACAGAACGAAGAGAUGAGCUAGAUGAGGUGGCAGAAGAUGGUCAUAGACCGAAAGGGGAGAUAGCAGAUUUCGGUUUUCGUUUUCCUUCCGACAGUAAAAAGCGUUGGGUGGAGUAUAGGCAGGCGACAAACGAUUGCACGAAUGAUGAAAAACACGAAAAGUUGUAACAAUUUGGGAACGGCCGACACACGCUUAGUUUCGUACUUUCUUUACACCCUUUAGUCUAUUUCCCUCGGCCUUCUUUAUUCUCCUUUUGCUGGAUUCAAAAUUUUAUGUUAAUAUUCAGUAUACUCUAUUUGAGGGUGGUUUAGGUGAAAAGCGGAAGAAAGGGGGGACGCACGAG